AUGGUCAAGGCCGUUGUUGCUGGCGCCGCUGGCGGUAUUGGACAGCCUCUUUCGCUCCUCCUGAAGCUUUCGCCUCUCGUUGACGAGCUUGCCCUUUACGAUGUCGUCAACACUCCCGGUGUUGCUGCCGACCUGUCUCACAUCUCUUCGAUCGCUAAGACUACCGGCUACCUCCCCAAGGAGGACGGUGCCAAGGCUGCCUUCAAGGAUGCUGACAUUAUUGUCAUCCCUGCCGGUGUUCCCCGCAAGCCCGGCAUGACCCGUGACGAUCUCUUCAACAUCAACGCCGGUAUUGUCAAGGGCCUCAUUGAGGUUGCCGCCGAGGUUGCUCCCAAGGCUUUCAUCCUCGUCAUCUCUAACCCUGUCAACUCGACUGUUCCCAUCGCUGCCGAGGUCCUCAAGGCCAAGGGCGUCUUCAACCCCCAGCGUCUCUUCGGUGUCACCACCCUCGAUAUCGUUCGUGCCGAGACCUUCGUCGCCGAGAUUUCCGGCAAGUCUAACCCCCAGGAACUUGUCGUUCCCGUCAUCGGCGGCCACUCUGGCGAGACCAUUGUCCCCCUCUUCAGCAAGGUCACCCCCUCAGUUUCCAUUGCCGACGACAAGUACGACGCUCUCGUCAACCGUGUCCAGUUCGGUGGCGACGAGGUCGUCAAGGCCAAGGAUGGUGCGGGCUCUGCCACCCUCUCCAUGGCGUACGCUGGUUUCCGUUUCGCGGAGAAGGUUCUGAAGGCCAUCAAGGGCGAGAAGGGUCUUGUUGAGCCGAGCUACGUCUACCUGCCUGGCGUUCCUGGCGGCAAGGAGAUCGCUGAGAAGACCGGCGUCGACUUCUUCUCCGUCCCCAUCGAACUCGGCCCUAACGGCGCCGAGAAGGCCACCGAUAUCCUUGGUGACCUCAGCGACAAGGAGAAGAAGCUCCUCGAGGCUGCCGUCACCGGCCUCAAGGGCAACAUCAAGAAGGGUGUUGACUUUGCCCACAGCCCCCCUCAAAAGUGA